GAAGAAGAAGAAGAAGAAGAGGAGGAGGAAGAGAGAGAAUCGAUACCUUCUCUUAUUUCACAGUGAGGAUUUAAAAAGCGAAGCUCCUUCACGAUCAGGAGGCGAGGUGGCGGAGGAUUGGCUGACAGCAGACGGCAGAGGAAGGAGCGGAGUGCAGGGAUGGGGUGGAGGGAUGCCUGGGCUGCUGGUCUCUGUGGGAUCAGGAUCUGCAAUGGCCCCUGAAACCUGGAUCAGAUGGGUAGCUGUGCUUAGGUGUUUCUUUCUGUGAGGCGUGAAUAACAAUGACUCCCAUCCUCGCCAUUUGAACAUGCUGCUCGGGUAGCGGAGCCGACCGAGAGGAGCAUCUACCCUCUUCACACUCCUUCCCCUCUGGACAUAAACACACACACGCGCGGCUCAACUCAAGCACAACCAUGCUGAUCAAGGAGUAUCGCAUCCCCAUGCCGAUGAGCGUGGAGGAGUACCGCAUCGCUCAGCUCUACAUGAUCCAGAAAAAGAGCAGAGAAGAGAGCUGUGGCGAGGGCAGUGGCGUGGAGAUCCUGGAGAACAAGCCUUACGAGGACGGCCCCGGCGGCUCGGGUCAGUACACGCACAAAGUCUACCACAUCGGCAAACACAUCCCCUCCUGGUUCUGUGCCAUCCUGCCUCAAGCUGCCCUGCGCGUGGAGGAGGAGUCCUGGAACGCCUACCCCUACACACGCACCCGGUACACCUGUCCCUUCGUAGAGAAGUUCUCUAUAGACAUCGAAACGUAUUAUAAACCAGAUACUGGAAAUCAAGUGGACGUCUUCAAUAUGUCCUCUGCUGAGAAGAGACAGAGGACUGUAGACCCCAUAGACAUCGUAAAGGACUACAUCCCUCCUCACGAGUACCUGGUGGAAGAAGACCCCAAACUUUACCAGUCAGUCAAAACCAAACGGGGUCCGCUGUCGGACGACUGGAUCGAGGAGAUCAACCAGAAUCCCGGUGAAAGCCCCGUCAUGUGUGCCUACAAGCUCUGCAAAGUGGAGUUUAGAUACUGGGGCAUGCAGUCCAAGAUCGAGCGCUUCAUACACGACGUGGGUCUGCGCAAAGUGAUGGUUCGAGCCCACCGGCAGGCGUGGUGCUGGCAGGACGAGUGGUACGGCCUAACCAUCGAGGACAUCAGGCAGCUGGAGCUGGAGACCCAGCUGGCUUUAGCUAAGAAGAUGGCCCAGUACAGCCUGAAUGAAGAGGGGGGAACAGAGACCAACGGCUCCUCCGUCAGCCAGGACCAGGAGCAGGAAGCUGAGGCUGUGGGAUCGGCUGCAGAGGCCGAAGGAGGAGGAGGAGGGAAGCUGGGAGAUUCACUGGAGACACGAGGGGAGCUCACUAAGCAGUGGUCAACAUCCUCGAGAUCCUCCAACAGGUCGUCAAAGAGAGGCGGAAGUCCGUCUCACCAGAGCAUUUCAGAGUGGAGGAUGCAGAGCAUCGCCCGAGACUCAGAGGACAGUACAGACGACGAGUUCUUUGAUGCACAUGAGGACUUUUCUGACAAUGAGGAGAUGUUUGCAAAGGAGAUCACCAAGUGGAGCUCCAACGAUCUGAUGGACAAGAUAGAAACAAAUGAGGUGGAUGAAGCACAAGAAACUUUGUACCAGGAGUCGGGCGGCGAGUACGCAUCGAUGAGUAAUGAGGAGAGGCAGAUGGAGGACUGUUCGACUCAGCAGUGUCUCCAGCCGUCCAAAACUCACGUCCUCGUUCUGGUCCUGCAUGGAGGGAACAUUCUGGACACCGGCUCUGGUGAGCAGAACAACAAGCAGGGAGAUGUAAACACGCUGCGCGGAGCUUUUGAGACGGUGAUGAGGGUCCAUUACCCCGCAGCGCUGGGCCGCAUCGCCAUCCGGAUGGUCCCCUGUCCUGCUGUGUGUGUCGACGCAUUCUCACUAGUCUCCAAUCUCAGCCCCUACAGCUAUGACGAGAGCUGCCUGUCCAGCAGCCAGGACCACAUCCCGCUGGCUGCUCUGCCUCUUUUGGCUACCUCUGCACCACAGUACCAAGACGCCGUGGCAACCGUCAUCUUACGAGCCAAUCAGGUGUACAGCGACUUCAUCAAGUCUCUAGAGGGAGCGUCAUUUAGUGGGCAGGUGUGUGUUAUCGGAGACUGUGUUGGAGGUAUAUUGGGGUUUGAUGCUCUGUGCAGCAGCUCGGUGACGGUGUCAGAAAGCCAGAACAGCAGCAGACGGGGCAGCGCCAUCAGUGUACAGGACACAGACCUUCUCUCUCCAGGUAUCGUCAUCAACAGCGUCUCUCCAUCCUCGCCAUCCCUCGAAGGAAGCCGCCAUCUCAGCCGCAGCAAUAUCGACAUCCCUCGCUGCUCGGGGCCAGAUGACCCCAAGAAACAACUUCCACGCAAGCGCAGCGACUCCUCCACGUAUGAGCUGGACACCAUCAAACAUCACCAGGCCUUCCUCUCCAGUCUUCACUCCAGCGUGCUCCACGGGGAGCCCGGAUCGCGGCGCUCCAGCAGCAGCACGAUGCUUGAAGGAGGCUCUUUGGGAAAAUUUGACUUCGAGGUGACGGACUUCUUCAUGUUCGGCUCUCCUCUGGGGCUGGUGCUCGCUCUGAGGAAGACUGUGGUGCCCUCGUUAGAUGUCUCAGCUCUGCGUCCGGCCUGUCAGCAGGUUUACAACCUGUUCCAUCCAGCCGACCCCUCGGCCUCCCGCCUCGAGCCCCUCCUGGACAAACGGUUCUACCUGCUGCCUCCCUUUAGCGUCCCCCGUUACCAGCGCUUUCCUCUGGGUGACGGACACUCUGCUCUCCUGGUUGACACGGUGCAGAGUAACCCUCAGCUUCUGAUGGAGUCAGCUGGUGCAGCUUCCCACCGCUGUCCGGACAGCACCGUCAACGAGACCUCCAUCCCUGUACCUGUCCUCAACUGGCAGCUCCACACAGAGACGGAAUCUUCUCACUCACAUAUUUUUGUGGACAGCCCGCACCCAUCGUCCACGUCUCCAGGGGUCCCUCACCUCCGCUGCACCCGUCGGGCCAGCGAGGUCAGCAUAGCCAGCCAGGUGUCAGGCUUAGCUGACUCCUACACCGCCUCCAACAUCGCCACCACACACAAACGUGGAGUCAGCCACAGUAAAAGGUCCCGCCUGCUGUCCCAGCUGGCUCUGCCCUACAAUAAGUUGGCCUCUCGGAGCCCGUCACUGCGCUCGGGAAAGACAAUCCGUCGGGUUUUCCCGAAACCCAACGGCGUGGAUUCUGAGCAGAGCUCGGACGUUAGCUCUGACCUCACUGAUGUCACGUCUGACAUCUCAGACAUCAGCUCAGUCCCCCCGUCACCGCGGGUGCUGAAGAACAUAGAGCAAGUUGCUUCUCGGUGGUGGGGCAGUAAGAGGAUGGACUUCGCCCUGUACUGCCCCGAUGCCCUGACAGCGUUUCCCACAGUGGCUUUGCCUCAUCUCUUCCACGCCUCCUACUGGGAGUCUACAGACGUCGUGUCCUUCUUACUCAGACAGGUGAUGAGACACGAGAACUCCAGUAUUUUGGAGCUAGAUGGUAAAGAAGUGUCUGAAUUUACUCCAUCCAAACCUCGAGAGAAGUGGCUCCGCAAGAGGACUCAUGUUAAAAUCAGGAACGUGACAGCAAACCACCGAGUGAACGAUGCCGUGUUCACAGAGGACGGAGUUCAGAUGGUGAUGGGACGUUUCAUGUACGGCCCUCUGGACAUGGUCACCCUCACUGGAGAGAAGAUCGACAUCCACAUCAUGACCCAGCCUCCCUCUGGAGAGUGGGUGUACUUUAACACAGAGCUCACCAACAGCAGCGGACGCGUCUCUUAUGUAAUCCCAGAGAGCAGAAGGCUGGGCAUCGGGGUGUAUCCUGUCAAGAUGGUGGUCAGGGGUGACCACACAGUUGCAGACAGCUAUCUGUCUAUUGUACCACGAGGAACAGAGUUUGUUGUGUUCAGUAUUGACGGGUCGUUUGCUGCCAGUGUGUCUAUAAUGGGCAGCGAUCCAAAGGUUCGAGCUGGAGCUGUGGACGUGGUGAGAUACUGGCAGGACCUGGGCUACCUGAUAGUAUACGUAACGGGUCGCCCUGACAUGCAGAAGCAGCGUGUGGUGGCCUGGCUCUCUCAGCAUAACUUCCCCCACGGCGUCGUCUCGUUCUGCGACGGGCUGGUUCACGACCCGCUCCGGCACAAGGCCAACUUCCUCAAAUGCCUCAUCAACGAGGCCCACAUGAGGAUCUUUGCAGCCUACGGCUCCACCAAGGACAUCUCUGUGUACACGUCGAUCGGCCUGCCUCCGUCACAUAUCUACAUAGUGGGAAGACCCACGAAGAAGAUGCAGAACCAGUGUCAGUUCAUUCCAGACGGCUACGCUUCCCACCUCUCCCAGCUGGAGUACAACCAGAGGUCUCGUCCCGCCAAGUCCGCCAGCACCCGCAUGGUCCUCCGCAAGGGCAGCUUCGGGCUGGGUGCAGCCGGCGGAGACUUCCUUCGCAAGCGCAAUCACAUCUUUCGCACCAUCUCCUCCAAGCAGCCCGGCGGGGCGGGGUCGGCCUCUCCCAACCAGCCGGGGCGGACCGAGCGAACCCUGAGCCAGUGCGAGGUGGAGCGGGAUCGAGGGGUCGUGCCGGCCACCCAGAGGAGCAUGAGCAUAGCUGCAGGGUGCUGGGGUCGCACCGGCAGCACCAAGGAGGGCAGCAGUGGGUUACUGGGCCCUAAAUAAGGUUCAGUGAGGAGCUGUGGUGUGAAAGGACCCGGUCUGAGCCACCAUGAUCUCUGGAGCAGACACAGAGAGAAGAAGAUGGCGCGGAUGGAGGGUUUGUAUUUUAGAAAUUAAAGAGAUAAGCGAGGGUGACAGCUUGAUAGAGAUAGAGAAGGAUCUGUCCAGGAGGAGUGGACUAAUCAGGCCCAGUGGGAUCCAGCGAACAAAAGACAAUUCUGUAGCAUGACUCUUUUACAGUAAUACUUUUAUAGGAUACAUCACUUACUAUUCAAAAAAAAAAAGACAAGGAAGGAUUAAAUGAAAUAUUGUAAGCCUUAAACUAAUCUCGUAUAACGGGACCCCUCCUCCCCUUUUACUGCACACACACUCGUAAAGACUGUCCAAGCAUUCACACUCUCAUGAGCUCAGGACAAACUGCAGAGCCAGAUUCAUCUUCAAACACGGGUCUGAGCCAUGGCGAGGAGCCCAUGACUUUCACUUCUGUUUCUGUCCCACUGUCAGCUGAGCUACAACAUGUUCAAACACUCUGCCCAGAAGUGACUGGCAAUAAGAACAGAGUGCAGAAUACACAGUCACUUCAACCAAUUUACACAUCAGACAUAUUUACUCACCUUCCUCCUGUGGUGUCUAAUCAUGCUCAUAGUUUUGGGUUUAUGUGUGCAGGAUUUGAUUUGUCACAGAUUACAGCAUCCACCUUAACACAAGUAAUGAUGACACUCGGUUUGGAAGGACAUUGUGUUGAAUUUUCAGCCACUACUGACGACAAAAUCUGGUCUGUUUGGUCAGUCCACACUGAAAUAUCUCUUACACUUGAUGAUGAUGACUCUUGCUGACUUUAGUGACUGACUUCCUUUGGCACCACCACAAGAUUGACAUUUGUGGUUUUGAGUGAAAGUAAAAAACUGCCAUGAAGAAUUGUCAAAAUUUAAAUUUGUUCAAUACUUUUAUGACCAAAUAGCAAAAGUAAAGACAUUCCCAUUAUCCUCAACUCAACAUUGUGUCUUCAGUAGUGUUAGCAUACUUAGUGUUAAUUUUGGCAGUUAUUUUAGAUUUAGUCUUUACACAGAAGGGCUUUUAAGUCUAGUUUUAGUCGAUAAAAAGUCAAUACAUUGAACUAAUUCACCAAGGCAAAUACAGGUAUCAGAAAUUUGAAUCAAGUUGACAGGUCAUAUCAAGUGUUGAAAUUCGUGAAAGCAGCAUUUCACAUGUUUAUUUAUUUAUUAUCAAAGUUCUAUUUCUUGUCUUUGUUUUGGAAAGAGGCUGCUGACAAACAUUUUUUGUCAUCGAUUUUGUUAAGGCGAUAAAUACUGCAUGCUAAUACGCUAAUCUAAGAUGUUUGACAUGGUAAACAUUACACCUACUAAACAUCAGCAUGUUUGCAUUGUCACUAGUCAGGUUUCCAUUCAACUGUAAAGCAAUUUUUUAUGCAAACUUUUGAAUUGUCGCCAAAAAGAAAUACAAAUUAUGCAUGUUUCAUUUGGAGCGAAUCAACUUGGUGACACAAAAAGAAAGAAAAAACAAUCUAAGUCAAAACAAGUCGCCUCUGCGAUCUAAACCAUGUACGAAAGAAAAGCGGAGACAGGUCUUAGGGAAUAUGUUUCACUUGGGCAAGUUUAAUUAAUCUGUCAUAUUAGCUAGUAUUAGCCAUUUUUCAUGCUGUCCAGAAAUAAAGACAAAUUAUGUCGUUUGUGAAAUAUCCAGGAAACAACAACAGUGGAAACAGCUAAUUCUAAUCAGAUGUUUGCUACAUCACAACUUAUUUAGCAUAGGCCUUUCCAGGUCCCAUUUAGCACAUCAAAUCUUUUUCGACAAAGACAGAAACCAUGAGUGUAAAAAAUACUCAUGCAGCUUUUCUAAUGUGCUAUCUUAAGCUGGCUCAAGUAGAGCUUCACAGAGCAGCUAGUAUGGCCACAGAAUCACGGACAGUCUUAUUUAUACCACAGCUGCAUUGAGGUGGAGACAGAAAUCUUAAAAAACUGGGCAAAGCUAUCUGCAGAUACCACCAGAGGAAAGUCAGAAAUAUGUACUUUUUUGUAAUUUGGGUGAACUGAUCCUUUAAACAUCUGAGAGCUGGUUUUAAAAUCAUCACUUCUCAUGUUCCUCACCAUGUGUUUAAAAGCAUAAUGGCUAGUUUUCAUCCUGCGGUCGGUGUGUGUGAGACUCUGUAGUAUUAUUAUCCCUUUCAGUGUGGCCUCUGGGCCAUCCAAGGCCUUAAUAUUCAACAACACACUUUCUCCACAGAUGGAACAGAAAGCAGACAAACAGGGCAUGCAGAAUUAAAGCAACAACUGAAACUCUGUACAGUCCACAGCAACAAUCCCUUUAUAUAUUCAUCUGCUUGCAAUACCUCUGAUCCACCUGCUGGUGGUGUUCUGUUUCCCACAUGUGCUGCUGCUGCUGCUGGGAGACACUUGUGAGCUGUUCCCCGGCUUCUUGCUCUUUUCGCACAUAGGACGCCGAACAUGAAGGACCUGCAGAGGAGCUGAAAUCUGGGAGGGACGGAGGCAGUAUUUCAACAUAGCUUUCACUCACAGAGACCUGUUAAUCUUUCAGUAUUUUUACUAAUCGGACUGAAGAGUGGGCCGGAAGUGAUUCAGCGUGAAUGUUGAACAGACUGGAUCGAUCCUUUCGGUGGUGUAAUGUGGAAAAAAAAUCAUGAGAGCAAACAUCAUGUCAUCGCUUCUGUCUGUUGAACUGUAUAUUUUCAUCCAAAGGGGACGUAGUAGAAGAGGAAGGAGCCGCCUCACAUCUCCAGUCCAAAAACACCAGUGAUGUGCACAAAAUAGUUUCCAAUGCUGAUGCCACCCGCGCUCAUCAGGACAGGUUCACAGGUCUUAAAACAACAGACAGGUGCCCGUAUUAACAGUGGAGCAUUAUUUGCAUGCUGUAAUCAUCCAACUGUUCAUACUGGAGAUCAAAAGAUUUCUAAUGUGCUUCCACUGUAAGUGAUGAAGAACAAAAUCCACCUUGUUCUGUGCAAAAAUGUAUCAAAUCUUUAGCUGACGAUGAAGCUAUAUAAAGUGUCAGCAGUCAGAGUUGGUCAAAUCAAGUGGAUUUAUUCCAGAGUUAAAGAUAUUUAGUAUGAAAUUAGAUGAAAAUAACAUUUUGUACUGAGUCUGCUCUCCUAACGGAAGAUGUGCUGCUGUCUUUAAACUCUAGAAACCAUGCCAAUUUAUUGUUUUGAUACUCUCAGACUCAAAUAAGAUAGUUUGUAAAUGUGUGGUGGUUCCUCGUGUGGGUGGUAGUUCAUUUAUUCAUUUAUUUGGAUCCCCAUUAUUCACUACCAAGAUAGCAACUUCUCUUCCUGGGGUCCUCAAAUGUGUAAUGUUGUUUCUUUGUCUUUUUGUUUAGAUUUUUACUGUUGUUUACUUUUGUGUUUGUUUUGUCCUGUUUGUUCUCUUUUUUACUUUUCCUCUUCCACAUGCUUUUGUUCUGCGAAUAUAACACUGGAAGAUGGUUGUUACGUAUAAUCCCAUAGGGGGAUUGGCCAGACUCUAAAAUAAAAAUGAAUGAAUGAUGUAGUAAGCAGUCAGGGGAACACCUUAAAUGGUUUAAAUUGCAUUGACAAUAUAAAUCAGCAUCAGUUAUGAUUGCUAAUUUUCAUAUUUUUCUGUUGCUGACCCCUGUGGUGUACCCCAAGGCUCCAUCCUAGGUCCUGUUUUAUUUAAUCACAUAUGCGUCUAAUGGGCUUUGUGUUUUGAAAAUACAAUAUCCCUUAUCACUGCUAUGACGAUGACAUGCAACUUUACUUCCCCUUUGAAAUCAAGCAAAAAAACAUAACCUAAAGGCCCUUUAUAAGCUACAUUUUUUAAAGUAAAUUAGAAGGGUGUAGACUCAAAACGAGUUUCUCUUGGGCCUCUGUCUUCUGUCUUUUGGUACAUAUGUCCGAAAUCUGGAUGCAAUUUUUGACACAGUGUCAAAAUCUGACAAACAAUAAAGUUCUGUCAGUAUCAGGGCUUCCCACUCACUAAUUUAUUUGUGGUAGCCCACCACGAUAAGCACAUCUCCUGCCAUGUAUUGAUUUUGUAUUUUUUGAGCUGGACUGUUCACUGGGAGUGCCACUGGAAUCUAUAUUGUUCAUUCACUCUUGCAGUGCAGAUCGUACUAUGGGCUCAGAGUGGGCAGCAGAAUGGCAGGUGCAGUGAAAGUCAAACUUAACCGUAAAUUGCGCUGGGUCUAAAAGUUUGCCUUCACUCACCUCUGCAGCAGCUGCUCCAUUCAUCAAUCUGAUCUGAUCAGCUCUGAUCGGAAUGACUGAUCAGUUAUCCUACCCAUGACUCAAGCUCCACAAACCCGAAGUGUUCUGUCUGAGCUAUUCACAUACAUGCAUAAACCUCCAAAUUUAAAGAGGAGAGAGAAUGAUACAAAGGCAAACAUACCUGUUGUUGUCAGCUGCUAUAAUGACAAACUCUGGAGAAUAGUCACUUAGUUUUUAUUUCUGUCACAGCCUUAGAUUUGCUUCAGAUAAGCUUUAUUUUUGCAGAGAAUGAGGAAUGUGGAUUUUAUUCCCCAUCAUUUAAAGUGAAAGCACAUUAAGAAAGGAUAUUUUAAUGAUUAGUAUGAAAGGAGGGAUCAUUGCAGCAAUCAAAACCUGUUUCAAUGUUCAUAUGGGCACCUGACUGUUGUUUUAAGGCAGAUUUGAAAAAUUGUGAACCUCUCCUUUAAACCCAUGAAAGCUUUUGGAUGUGUGGAGGGGUUGUACCUCGUGUUCAGUUCAUUUUAUCUAUGCUGUUGUUUUACGCCCAGCUUCCACUCAACACAAGAGUGUCUGUUUCCACUCUCUGUGUAAUCAGCAAUGUCUUCAACCCAACACAAGAAGCCAAAAUCAUUCUCUAAAUACUGUAGUUAAUCAACUGUGUGACCUCAUUGUUGUUUUUUUGCACUAGUUUACGGUGGAAUUAGACUCUAGUUACCAUCUCAUGUCACUACAUUUGGACACCUCUGUAGUGCAUGACACUUUUUGUUCAUUUCAGGGUAUACUGUAUGUGCCGAUACGCACAUAGAUUCGUCUGUACAUUUUGCCAGGAUGUGAAGAUAAUGGAAGUAAAUGUGCCAAACAGUAGACAGUUCUUGAGGAGAUGUAUUUAAACCAGGGGUUUUCAAAGUCUUUGUGGGUCCCCAACACCUCCCGCCCUCCUAUUCUAUUAUUAUUCUUUGUCUUAAUUCUAUUUUUAUCAUGUUUUGGAGCUACAGUUCCCAUAAUGCUGUGAGAGAUGUAAACAAGGAAGUAUGGAUUCAGUGAGUUAUGCAAGCCCCCUGGAACAGCGCUGGGUCUCUAAAUCAGUGAAUAAAAAUUUCUUAACGUCAAAACCCCAGUGAAAUGACGCGUUUGACUAUCGGGAUUUGGUCUAAUAAUGAUUGGAAAGUCUAGUCGAGCCGCACAGUUAAAUAAUUUUAUCACCAUUCAAGUUAGCAGAUGGCUAAAUUAGAAGUUAGCUGUUUGGUUGGCAAAUGUCUUGUGAAAUUGUGAUCAUUCUCACAGAUGAUAAAAUACUUCUUGCAAUGUUUAGGCUCCAGAAAUCCUGCCAUUUUAAUUUGUGAUACCAGUGGAGCAUCUCAGACAUGUAGUAAGAAUUAAGAGUAGAUUUAAACUGUAUCUAUAACGUAGUAGUGUCAGUUACAGUUGAUAAUUUUCCAUUCUUUUCUGCUGUUGUCUCCUGUGGUGUACCCCAAGGCUCCAUCCUGGGCCCUAUUAUGUUUUAUGAUAUAUGCUUCCACUGGGCUUUGUGUUUUGAAAAUUCAACAUCCCUUAUCGUGCAGCUAGCCUGUACUUCCCUCUUGAAACCAUUCUCAGGCAAUUGCAAGACACGUGUUUUUUGUAUGAUUUAUAAGCAAAUUUUAGGAUGUUUAUUUGCAGGGAUAAUAUGAUAGGGAUAUCAGGGGGAAGUGUAAGCACACUGAAUCCAUAAUUAUCAAUCAAUCAAUCAAUUUUAUUUAUAAAGCCCAAUAUCACAAAUCACAAUUUGCCUCACAGGGCUUUACAGCAUACAACAUCCCUCUGUCCUUAUGACCCUCACAGCGGAUAAGGAAAAACUCCCCAAAAAAACCCUUUAACAGGGGAAAAAAAACGGUAGAAACCUCAGGAAGAGCAACUGAGGAGGGAUCCCUCUUCCAGGACAGACAGACGUGCAAUAGAUGUGUAUCAUGUUAUGAGUCAUGAGCUAUGACUCCGAGUAUGAGUCAUGGUCAAGGUUCCCACAUUUUUUACUAAUGAAUUUUCAAAUUUUACUUGCCUGUUGGACUUUCUUUCCGCCAACUAGCUGCAUACACCAAUCAUGUGAUACCAGAGACAUUUCAAUUGUCAUGCAGUGCAGCACUAGAUUUUAAAAUUAGUCAUACAAGGAAUGGAUUUAAUGUAACAUUAGAUAUGUUUCAGGAUUUAUAUGACCAUAUUUUAAACCAGUGGUUCCCAACUGGUCCAGCCACAGGGUCCAUAUUUCUCCUCAGUCAUUAGUUCAAGGUCCUCACAGUUUAAUACAUUCAGCGUCAUACUCGUGUUUGGCCAUGUCGUUGAGCUAGUUUGCCGUAUCUGUCAAGUUGCUGUCCGUUUGUCACUCACUGUACAGCAGGAAAUGGCACUUCAGAGUAAAAGCUUUGUGCUGGAAAUUCACUGUACUUAAAAAUUAAGCUUGUUUUUGUAAAAACUUUUUUUUUAAAGAUAUUUUUAUGGGCAUUUUCUACCUUUAAUUGAUAGGAUAGUGAAGUGUGAAAGGGGGAGAGAGAGAUAGGGAGAGACAUGCAGCAAAGGGCCACAGGCUAGAGUCGAACCCAGGCCGCUGCGGCAACAGCCUUAUACAUGGGGCCCCUGCUCUACCACUAAGCCACCGACGCCCCUUGGUUUUGUAAAAACUUGACACGUUUACGAGUCACUUGCAGUCCAUUCUGAAAGGACCCUCAACCUACUUUUGGAUUGUGACCCACCAGUUGGGAACCACUGUUUUAAACGGUAGCCAAAACAAUGUAUACUCAAAACUUUUCCAAAACAUUUGAUUAAUUCCAACCAUUUCCAGGCUUAGAAAACAGUUUCUUCUAAAGUCAUAACCUUUAUAGGAAUUUCAUGAUCAUGGGAACCUUGUAUGGCACAACUCUCAGCAAUUGGACAGUUUUAAAAUAACUUUAGUCUCCAUGAGCUGUUUGUCACAAUCACUGCUGCAACUGCUGACCGUGUUGGUGUGCAGCCAAAUCAGCAGACCAAACUACAAUAACUAAAACACCUUCAUGCACCUGUCUCCUUCACCUCACCCUUUAUUGUUCCUCUGGGGGAGGGGCCUCACAGUUUGAAAACCCCUGAUUUACACUGUAUCCAACCUUUCAUUACAGAAGAAGGGGAGAAGUGUACUGAGAGCAUUACUUACUGCUUUGAAUUUUGGUGACUGCACCUUUUUAAUCUAACGUUCAUGUCUGAGAAAGAAAAAGUGGCUUCAACAGAAAACUAAAAAUGUCUUUUUAGCUUUGAGAGCAGAGGUCGAGCGUGUUGCUGUAAUUGUGGACAAUAAGCUGUUUCUCAAGAAGUCACAGACUUUUAGAUUGACUUUCUGUGGGCGGCAGGUUUUUGGCUACAAACACAUUGUUCCCCUUUAGCCGUUUGGCUGCUGAGUUGAAUGUCUGCCCGUUUGGAGCCAUGGAUGUGUCAGUGUACAUACUGUAAAGAUGUAUAUGUAGGACUUAUAUGGUUGAGAGUUAUUUAUUUACCUAAAGAUCAUAAUGUUACUCUGGAAAUUUCAGGUGAAAUAUAUUUGAAAAUAUGUAGCAUUUUGUUUGUCACUUUGGUGGUCAUUGAAGCUACGGACCAACACAGGAGGGUUUUUUGAUUUUACCAGUGCAAUAUCAUUGUUCCAAUCACAGCCAGGCAAAACCACUAUCACAGCAGGGGCACAAUCUACCACAACACAAGCUACAGGCAAUCCACAGGCUGAAAUCAUACACACACCACCUGCUGUCGUGUUUCACACCUCGUGAAAACUAUUUGUAUCUCGCCUACUGUUGACCUCUGCUGUGUCUCUUUACAACAGUCAACUGCUGAGCAUUUUAUAGGACUUACCGUACCUAUUUUUCAAACUGGAGUAUUUUACAAAACCUUUGAAAUAUAACUGGAGGCUGGUUUUUCAGUCAGCAGUGGGUGCAUGACAGAAAGUGAAAGCAGCUUUAUUUAGCAAGCUGUUUGCAUGUCGUCCAGUCAGAUUGGAUCUACUUAACCUUCAUGCUUAACAAGAAUAAACCAGUUAUGUUGUCCACUAUGUCCUCACUGUUUAAUGAAAUAUAUAUAAAAAAAACCAGAUGUUGACUGUAUUUGGGAUUAUGACAAUUAUUGCCACAUUUGGAUCAGACCACUUAGAGAUCUACAGAUGUUUUUCCACAGCUCAGUUUUAAAACACACAGUCCAGUAUUAGUUUUACCAUUAUCUUAAAAAACACCCUUUAUAAAGAGGUUUUACGUUGUAACAAAUCGCUUUAUCAGUGGUUAAAUAAUUAGUUUAUCUGAGAAACACUCUAAUUGUCUGUCUGGCAGAGAGUUAGAUGACAAGAUCAAUAUCACUCUCAUUAUCUGUCUGUUCAGUAUAAAGCUGGAGCCUACAGCCUGUUGGCUUAGCUUAGCUUAGUUUAGCACAGAGACCUAAAGCAUGGGGAAACAGCUGGACUGGGUGACUACCAAGGUCCCAGUGACAAAAUGGCUUUUACUCUAAAGCUUUUGAAUGGUUUAAAGUGAUUAGCUAAUGUUAGCAUAAGUAACAAGAUGUAGCUUUCUCAUUGCCUUUACCCUAACCAUAACCACCUCUCUUUUAAUGUGAUACUUUAUAGCUAACAUUAGCUAAUCGCUAAGUUAGCAUUAGCAUGAGUAACAAGAUGUAGCCUUCCCGUUACUCAUACUCAAACAUGAACCACCUCUCUAUUGACAUCAUACUUCAUAUAGCUAGAUUGAUUUUACAGGUUUUUUUAAUAAAAGAUGGUAAAAAGAGCAGUCAUGUUCAAUAACACAGUCAUCAUACGUCUGUUACUGCUUUUUAUGGCAGAACCUCCUCUCUUUUACCGUAAUACUUCAUAGCUAACAUUAGCUAAAGUUAGCAUUAGCAUAAGUAAUAAGAUAGGCCUUAGAAUUACCUUUUCCCCAAUCUGGAAAUCCAGCCUCCAGAGGUAAGGGGAGAAAAAAAAAAAAAAAACAACACUUUUUUUUUCUCCCCUUACCUCUGGAGGCACAGACCGGAGUUUUUCGACUAACAGAAGUGCAGGGGCCUCGGCGAUCGCUCACGCCCUUCACUUCAGGCGGUGCCCCCAGGGAAUCGCCGUGUUGUUUACAAAUACUUAGGGUAGAAAACCAGCAGAGUUUAGCACAUUUUUCACGUCACUAUAUCACCAUGUAGACUAAUCUGAUGUUUGUUAAGUCUAUAAUGAUUGAACAAACGUUACUAUUUCUGUGUGCACGUUUUGUAAAUAACAUGGUUAUCGUAGAUUAGCUGGGCUAACCGUUAGCCGUUAGCAUAGACUGUAUAAAAAUAAGGUGAUAACUCAUUAAACGGUCUGUGAAUAAAAUAUUUU